GCGGGUCGACCUCAACAUGGCCGAAGCAAACAGUGCCAGUGUAGGCGGCAGCUGUGAGGAAAAAGGGCCUGAGGGGUCGUCUGCCGAACCCGUGCCCCACAGCACUACCAUUUCCAGACUGAAACUCCUCGACACCACAGUGGAUACUUUUCUCCAGAAGCUAGUCGCUGCCGGGAGCUACCAGAGGUUCACUGACUGUUACAAGCGCUUUUACCAGCUGCAGCCUGAGAUGACACAGCGAAUCUAUGACAAGUUCAUGACUCAAUUGCAGACGUCUGUCCGGGAGGAAAUCUCUGACAUCAAAGCAGAGGGGAACCUGGAGGCUGUCUUGAACGCUUUGGAUACAAUUGUGGAAGAAGGCAAAGACCGCAAGGAGCCCGCCUGGCGCCCUAGUGGGAUACCAGAGAAAGACCUGCGCAGCACCUUGGUGCCCUACUUCCUACAGCAGCGGGACGCCCUGCAGCGCUGUGUGCAGAAACAGGAGGCUGAGAACAGGCAGCUGGCAGACGCUGUCCUGGCUGGGCGCAGGCAGGUGGAGGAGCUGCAGCUGCAGGGCCAGGCCCAGUGGCAGGCCUGGCAGGCUCUACACAGAGGACAGAAGGAACUGGUGGCCGUGCUGAGGGAGUCUGAGUAAGAGGAGGAUGGCCAGGCCCAGGAGCAAAAGGUGGUCAAGGUCAAGGUCAUCCUGUGGCAAGCAGCCCCUAGGAACAGCUGAAAUGUUGCCCCACCCCUAAGCAGUGAAGGAAUUUGCUGGGGGCCGAUGUCUGAAAAGUCCCCACUGCCACUGUGCCUUGGGACUCCCUGGAGGUGUCAUACACAACCUUCAGAUUCCUUUCUGUUUCCUUAUAACAAGGAUUCUUGGCCAGGUCCCACCUGCGAAUCAGUCACCAUGCCUUCUCUCUUUUAGGUUCUGGCAAAACCUACCUCCAUCCCACCCCACAUACCCCUGCCCAUUGCUGAGCCCUCCCUAGGACUUGGCUCAGGGAAUCUGUUUUCAAUCUCCACUGAUUGCCAUGUUCUCUCCACAUCCGUAAAUAAACUUCCUGCACUACA